AGCCGAGAGUACUCUUUGAUUUCUGAAUAUCUUAUUGAAGUUAAACGUAAAUGACAUAGAAACGGAACUUUCUUCAAGAUCGCACAUAAGAACGCGGUGUCAAGUGCGAUUAUAGUGAAUAUUGUGGCAGGGCGGCCGAGUUGGUGAGAGCGCGGCCCGGUUGCGACCGGUCGGCCCCACCGCCAGCGCGCGCGCACACGCCGCUCUGCGCCGCCGACGUCGCGACGCACCCGUGUGCAACACACCGAACCGUACCGCUGCUAUCAUUUAACAAUAUUUUAUUAUAUCGUAAAUUCGCGGAUACAUAUAUGUGAAGAAAACAAACAUGUUAUAAUCAGUGUUCUUGGACUCAUUAAAGUGAUUUAGUAUUCGUGAAUUUAUAUAUUCAAGCUGAGAUUUGAGAGCUCCCUAUAAAUUAGGAUUCCAACCCGACAGCGGUUAUUAAAACUGCACGGGAAGGCGUUGUACGCGGUAUGGAGACAGGCGCGACUGUCGAGGAGUUCAUCACAAUAGUUCCGGUGGGCGAAAAUAAGCCUGCCGUUCAUGAUCCUGCCUUUGUAACAGUACUCAACGUGGGUCCUGAAAGUGGCGGUGUAGAAGUUACAGUACGGAGGCCUCGUGGAGCUCGUUUAGGGUUAGGGCUCAAAUUUGAAGGUGGUUCUGCUGCUGCAGAGAAAGUAAGGAGACUUCUGGUGCAAUCAUGUGCAGAGGAUAGCCCUGCUGCUAAAGCCUCUACCCCUUGGGGUAAACUUAUACCUGGAGAUGAAAUUUUAGCCAUAGAUGGAGUGUCUGUUUCUGAAUUAACAAGAAUCGAAUGCGUUCGUCGCUUAAAAGAUUCUGAUGAAUCUUUAUUACUUGUAGUACGACAUUUGGAUACCGAUAAUAGUUCGGAACAAAUCAAUAUGGAGUCUAAAGAUGCUAGUGCGGAUGUAAAGCUUAUUACAGAGUUGAGUAGACCGACAACGUUACCUCCACCAGUUCCUCCAAGAAAGCUAGGUAAGAAACAUUCUUUUAAAGAUAAAACUAUUCUUCAAACACUUGGUGAACAAAAUGCCCUUGUUAAUAUUGAUUCAUCGAAAGACUUUGAUAAUGUUAAGGAAACACAACAUCAAAUUAUUUCAACUAUGAAUAAGUUAUCAAGAAAGUCAUCCUUCGAUUCUCAUAUACAUCGCCAAAACAAGGAGAGCUUUGCAUAUUUGAGGAAAGGAUCACCUGAAGAAGUUCGACGUUUGGUACGACGAUUAUCAGAUGGUAAGGCUAUGCCCCCAGAAGCUGAUAUUUACAUAGAUUUGCUCUCUAAUGAAUGGGAACGUUGUCUCGUUUUAGCAGAUGCAGAAUCAGACGACACUGGUAGUUCUAUUUCAACAGUAGUCGAUAGGUUAGGAUCAAUGGCAAGUUCUGUUGAAAACAGCAUCCCAUCUACACCUAUAAUGCAACCGAAAUCUAUAGACAUUCAAAAAGUAUUAAAUAGUAUUGAAAAUAUCGAUACAAAUAUAUAUAAAGACAUGCAAAAUAGUUCAAAGUAUUUGGAUAAAUCAAAAGAAGUUAGUAAAGAUAAUAAAACGGAACAAAAAAAGGUAAUUUCUAAUGUAGUAAAAAAUCAAGAUAUAAUUAUUCAAAACACUGUAGUAUCAGAAAAUACAAAACCAUCCUUAAAAAAUGUAGAACAUAAUGACAAAAACAAUAAUAUUACUGAAAUAUCAAAAAGAAAGACAGAGGCAAACGAACCAAUUAAAAAUAAUGAUAAAGUAAUAAAACAAGAAAUUGUGCCUGAAAAGCCUAAACCUAUGCCAAGAAACACAAAAGUCGAACGAUCAGCUAGUGAAAAGAAACGACGGCCUAUUCCAAUUCCAGAAUUACCUUCAGCACCAGUACCCGAACCAUUAUUAACACCAACAAAAAAAACAUGCAUCGAAUCAUGGUUGCAGCGAUCUGAAGCAGAAAUGAAUAAUAAGUUAGAAGAUAAGUUGGAAGAAAAAUCUGUCCCAGAGGUACUACCACGUCUUAUUGACUUCGUGCCUAAAACACAAUAUAAAGAAAGCGGUACAGAAUCAACAGCAUGUAUACGGCCUACGGCUCCACCACCACCACCACCCGCAGAAACAAGAGAAGAUGGUUCGGGGGCAUCACUUGACACCAUUGGUGAACUAGAUGAAUCUUGUGACGUCACUGAUAAUGCGAAGCCACCGAUUGAAAACGAACCGAAUAAACGAAAAUCUUUGUUCGAGAGAAAUUUCUGGGAUGAUCGAGUCAACAAGAGUGAUGCUGAAGACAAGAGUCUUUCAAAUGAUGAGACACCAAUGCCAUCCUGUCCGCGACAACCUCCUGACGGAGUUGAGACACCAUCAGAUGCUAUUGAAAAAACUCCUGAUUUACCUACUAGACUACCACCCCGAAUUUCAUCCGGCUGGUCUACCAAUCGUUCUCGGUAUUCAUACUCAUCGCGAACACAAGAUGCGAGAAGUGAAGCAAGUGUAAAGGAUAAAAUUGCUAUGUUUUCUGUUGAUCUUGCGAAUUCUUCAGAUCGUCUGGACAAAUGUGGAACUCUACCAGUGAGAUCACAUUCAACUAUAAGAAAGAAUUCAAUUCCUUAUACCAGUAGUUACGAAGUAUCGUCUUUAGAUAGACGUUUAACGAAAUCUCAGGAUAAUUUGGAUGAAACACCUCGAUCAUUUCAGCGAAAUUCUGAUAGACCUGAAGUUCUUGGCGCCUUGGAAAAUACAAAUACUGAGAUAAGAAAUAAUAGAUUUAAUCAAACCGAAAUAAAGAAUAAACCAUUAUUUUAUGGAAGUACCACAACUCUGCCCUCCGAUACUUCUUUUACGCGACCAACGUAUCAUAUGCGAAGUGUGAGUGACGAUAAUAGCAAUAAAAAUAUUUCAACACAUAAAUCUAAUCUAGAGUAUUUAAUAGAACAGAGAAAGAAAUCUAUGUCAAAGCUGAGAGGUUUAGUUAUUCCUGAAGUUCAAGCUCCAAUUGUUGAUUUGCCAGAAAUUAAAGUCCAUGAUCCGGUAUCUAAAACAUUUCUGCAUAAUUCAUUAAACAAAGAAAUUAAAAAAGACAGUAAAGUUAGCAAUUCCAGUGCUUUUACAGAUAACAAAUGGAAAACAAACUUUUUACCGAAUAACAUACCUAAAUAUUCUCCAGCCUUUAAGCGUAAGUCAUUACAAGUUUAUACUCCAUCUUCAUUAUCUAAGGAAUCUACUCCAGAACGCAAAUUUAUAGAAAAAAUUGAAACACUAUCUAGAGUUAAUAAUUACAAUAAUCAUAUCACAUCUAAACCUAUAAAAAGUUUAUUUGAAUUUUCAAAAACUUCUACGUCAAAAUGUGCCCCGGUGUUCAAUCGCGAUUUGCAUAAAAGGAAUUUCAAUGGCAAUAUACAAGAUUUUAAGAACGUUGAAAUUAAAAUAUGUACAACAACAGAUAUAGUGGACAGCGAUAAUGAUUCUGCUAUGAGUUCAACACAAUCUAGCUAUCGCUCGUCAGCUUCUUCACCGAUGCAUAUUAUUGACAACAAUAUCGAAUCGGACAACUCCAGGCUAUCUCCCAGAAUUUCGCAUUACAACUCUUACUCACGUAUUAAGUCUGAAAUACCAAACAAGUCUAUUACUGAAAAGAAUUGCGAACAAUACGUUAAGAGGAGUGUUUUUCGAUCUGUUUCUUCGGAUACGAACAUAUCACUCAGUUCUUCUGCAGGCUCCGCAGCUACAUCAGGAUCCCAAGCAAGUUGCAGUUCAUUAGAGAGUUCUGUGGCUGACUCAGAUAAGAGGAAAGUUUCGAAAAUAUACAAUGUUGACAAUAUUAACAGGAGAAAUAUCGUCGCUUCGGCGAAAUGCAGAAGCGGUAGAGAUGUUAAACUAGAGUCACCGGUUGUAGAAACGAAAUUCUCACAUGAGUCUUACAACAGAUCUCCCAGUCCAAUACAAAAAGCGUCUGAUCGCCUUUCUACGCUCACACCAGCAGUGAGUGCAAUAGCGGCUAAAGGUGAAAACAGACGACGUAAUAAAAUAGUUGUUGACACCGAUUCUGAUUCAGAUGCUGAGAUGAAUGUUCGACAGCGAAAACCAGAUUAUAAAAAUCCGAGACUAAAACGCAACUCUAGUACAUCAAAUAAAGUUAAAAAUAACGAGGUCCAUCAAGAAAUUGAGAAGGUAGAAAAGACAUCAGUGCUUGUUAAAGAUGAUAAACAAAAAGAUAUUCCUGUAAAAUACUUGGAAAAUCAAGAAAGGGUUAAAAGUGCAACAUUACAUAAAAAAAAUAGUUUCAAUGGUAAUAAAAUAAAUAAAGAUAUUAAUUCUGAAAGGCUGAAAGAAAAAAACAGUGGAAUUGUAUCAAUUGAAAGCAAAAGGGAGGUAGUCAAUGUUUCUAACAACAUUAAGUCGGUGGUUGAUACCAAUAGAGAUGUAAAGAAUUCUUCUAAAAACAAUACAUCACGCGAUGAACCUGUGAAAGUUUCAACAGAAAUAUUCCAACUUAAGAAAGGCACUGGGUCAGGCGUAGGCCUUAUAUUAGCUGGAGGUGUUGAUUGUGAAGCUAAAGAUGUCACUGUUCAUCGCGUUUUGGACGAUGGCAUAGCAGCUAAAGCUGGAAUAAAAAGAGGUUCCAAAGUGAUUAGCAUAAAUAACCACUCAAUGUCAGGACUAACGCAUGCACAAUCUGUUUCCAUUCUUAAAGAGCAGCGCUGUGAAGUUGUUAUUGAAAUAGAAAAUGAAGUAAAAGAAAAUAGAGGAAAUACAAAAUGCGGCUCUGAACAUGCGGAGUCGAAAGGACAUCAAGUUGAUGAAGUCAAGUAUACAAAGGACAAAAUAGGCUGUUCGAUAGUUACUGUAUUAUUAGAGAAAGCUGGCGGAGGUGCUGGCUUAGGUUUUGGCUUAGAUGGAGGUCGUGAUUCUCCUCAGGGAGACCGACCGUUAACUAUUAAGAAACUUUUUGCAGGCGGAGCUGCUGCACAAAGUGGUCGCAUUGUUGUUGGUGCAGAACUACUAUCCGCUGGUGGACAAUCUAUGGAAGGAUUUACACGUACCCAGGCAUGGGCUGCUUUGAAAGCGUUGCCAGCUGGUCAAGUUGCUUUAGUUCUUAGAAAUCCAUAAAAGUAAUACAAAAUCGUUCAUAUAAUGUACAGAGGAUCAAAACUCCAUUUAUUAAAUAAAUGGGAGAAUAUUAAAAAAAAUAUAUGAUCAAUCAAUGAAUUUAAAAAAAAAGAAAGUCGAAAUUAUUUUAUAAAAAUAUCUUGAUGUUAAUUUAUUUUUGUCGGAAUGUAUUUUUGUAAGUAUUACGGAUCUUCUAUUUACUCUUAUUAGUCAGCAUUGGUUAGAUGCAUUGUACAUAGUAUUUUAAUAACAAUAUCAUUGAUUAAGGUGGUGUAGUGUAUAUUGUGCUUGGCAUAUAAGCUAUAAAGACUGUAUUCCGAUUUGCUUAAAAUUAUAAUUUAUUAUUUUAAAAAGUAACUAGUCUCGACGACAAGUGUAAGGAAGUUGGAUAGUAUGUUAGUCUAUAAUAUUAUGCGUAUCUGUAUUGGUGUCAAUUAUAAAAUAAAUUUUCAUUCGAGUGCCAUUUAAAAAUUACAUUACAAACAAAUUUCGUCUUCAUGAAAUAGUAUUAAAACGUUGGAUUAAAUUUAUAUAAGUAAAAAAGCUAAACAAAAUGGCUUAUUUUCUCUCAAUACAAUUUAUAAAAGUUCUCAAUAAAAACAUUAAUGUACUUCACAAAUCUAAGUUCAUAUUUAACUAAAAUGUAUUACUAUAUUUUUACAUUUUUUAUCCUGGUAACUUGCCAUGUUUUCUAUUAAUGCCAUUACCACUAAUUUCUAGAUUAAGGAGUUUGUAUAUAUCUUUUUUUUGUUAUUAUUAAUAUUACUAAUUAAUAUAUUCGUAUUACUUGCUAUUUAUGAAUACUCUAAGUAUUCAUUAAAGCUAUUUAUAAACACGUAUAUUGUAGUAAGCUUACAAAAUAUAUUCUUU